AUGGGAAGGCUGCACCCAGCAUACCGGCUGUACCCGGAUUAUGCUGGUGCAUUUAUUGCACCGACAGUGCCCACGGAGGAUCCAUACUGCUACAAACCUCUAGAUGCCGCUGCAUAUGGAGAGACAUAUCCUUCUUCGCUAACCGUGGCCGUGCCCUCUCGCCUAUAUCACUCCCCAACACCCGAAAACCCAUUCGCAGGAACUCGAGUUGGAGUUAAAGAUAUCAUGGACCUCUGCGGGCUCCGCACAGGGGCCUCAUCGCGAGCAUAUACACAACUGCUUGGACCUCGGACCGAGAAUGCAGAGGUUAUCCAAAAAUUACUGGGGCUGGGUUUCAUAGUUGUGGGGAAAUUAAAGACCACACAAUUUGCAGACUCGGAGUGGCCGACUUGCGACUAUGUCGACUAUCAUGCGCCGUUCAACCCUCGUGCGGACGGAUACCAGACGACUAGCGGUAGUAGCUGUGGGAGCGCAGCUGCGGUUGCUUCGUAUGUAUGGCUGGACUUUGCUCUGGGAACUGACACACUGGGAAGCAUCCGCGCUCCGGCUACCGUUCAAGGCCUCUAUGGAAUGCGACCCUCACUGGACGCCACGAGCUUUAAGGGGAUAAUCCCAUAUACUAAGUAUGAUGAUAACCCACAUCGGAUCGAAACGAGUUUACUGGCAGAUACUGUCGGUGGCUUCGCUCGGGAUGCGACAUCUUUCGCGAAGCUAUCUCGCGCCCUUUAUGGCUCUAUCAAUGAUCCACCGUUUUCCAAGAAACCCAGUAAGGUUCUAUAUCCCGUGGAAUACUGGUCAGAGACAAGCACGGAGCAUGACGCUGUCCUAGAAUCCUUCAUUGUUAAACUGGAACGGCAUCUCGGGGUCGAGCGAACACGUAUAAGUUUAGAAGAGAUCUGGGCGACAACAAAACCAGUACAUGAAAAUAUCACCAUGAAAGAGUACCUUGAGCACGUCUUUGAAUGGGCUGGGAAUCCCUCUCAAUGGAAAGACUUUCUCAGUCCAUUCAUAACUGAGUACAGAAACACCUACGGCCGAGAUCCAGCUCUCAACCCCCAGUUGCAAUAUAAGCGGAGAAAGAGGGUCUCAAAAGAUGGAAAACCUUCAAGUCUUGAUGGCUUCUCCGACACUCUGCUUCUCCUGCCAUGGAGUACUGGGAAGCCGGACUAUCGAGAUACGUAUCGUGAUGGGCCACAGAGGUUUACGGGUAUCGGUUUUUUCUUCUAUAAUCUGUCUCCUUACUCUGAGGGCCCGGAGGCGAUAUUGCCUGUCGGCCAAACGUCCUACACUUCACGAAUAACCAACUCCACUGAGCAUUUGCCCGCAUCUAUCGGGAUAAGCAGCGGAAAGGGGAGUGAUGUGAUGCUGACCGAUUUCAUCGCAGACUUGAUGACUGAGACAAAUAUCCAGGGUGUGGGAGUCGGCUCUCGGGCAUUUGAGAAUAUCGACAAUAUGGGCACUACUUCACUCUAUACACAGUCAGCUGCGCAACUACCGCUGAGAGGUGACUUUUAA